AUGACUGAGGUCGCCAGUGGCGCGGAUGCUGCGCCCAUGACCACGUUCAAGAAGCUCUAUCCGGCUGAGUACCUGCAGCGGCAUUUAGAACAGCGUGUGCGUGAGGAUGGACGGGCGUUCACGGAUGGGCGUCCCGCAUCGGUGGCCGUCGGCACGCUGUCGCAUGCGCGGGGCAGCGCGCUGGUGCGCUGGGGGCAGAGCACGAUGGUGGUAGCAGGCGUUCAUGCGCAGCUGUGCAAGCCCGCGUACGAACGCCCAAAUGAGGGGUUUCUCGUGCCAACCGUGGACCUCUCGCCGCUGUGCUCGCCGCAGUACAAGGCGGGCCCGCCCAGCGAAGACGCGCAAGUCAUGGCGCACCAGCUACAGAUGUUUCUCAAUGCAUCCAACAUUCUCCCGCGCUCGUCGCUAUGUAUUGAGGAGGGCGUAGCGGUCUGGAGUAUCUUUGUCGAUGUGGUAUGUCUGAGCGCCGAUGGCUCGGUGCUGGAUGCUGCCGCGCUUGCGGCGGUCGCCGCGCUGCACCAAUGUCGACUCCCUGUGCCUCGCAGCGUACCGUCCGUGGACCAAGCUGUAUUUGAUGCGCAUGAUACCCAGCCCCUCGCGCUCCAUGGCAUGCCCAUUCUCGCGACAUUUGGCGUACAUGAUUCUACCUACCUGCUUGCGGAUAUGACAGCCUUCGAAGAGUCGCUCGCAAUGGGUCGUCUCCAUCUCGGGCUUGUCGACGGCGCCGACAGUGAGGAAGCGUUUUGGAUCAAGGUGCUCGGGCACUGUGCCGUGCGCGAGCCGCGCGAGCUGGCGUUCCCCGAGCUCGUGCAGUUCUGCCUCGAACACGCACAGCGGCGCGCUGCCCAGCUGCGUGCACUCCUGCGCGAUGCCGCGUUCGCACAGGAGGCACACGCGCGCGCCAGAGCGAUUCCCUUUGAGGAAGGCCGCAUGCCGCUCGACGAGACGAAUCAUGAGGGUGCGCCGUGCGGGAUGAGCCGUGGUCAAGAGCUGUGUGAGUGGCUUCACGUACUUCGGUUAUGA